AUGAACACUUCAAAUAUCCCGCUCGGUAGCGCAAACGCAGUGCAGUUUGUAGAAGUGUCUGGGCGCGAAGCAGAUGUCAUGCCUACGAAAUCACGUGAGGCUCUCGAAAAACGUGUACUUUCUUCCCCUGCAGACAUUCGCCUAGCAUCCAACUGCCAUGCCUCAAUCAACUGUCUUCCCUCGGAAGUUCUCGCCAUGAUCCUGCAGUUCGUCUUGGAACCCCGCUACUCGCAGAAGGAGUAUCGUCGUCGCAUCAAUCACCGAUCUUUACCCCCAUGGCAAACGUCUGUGCAAUUCUUGGAAGACAUCUCCGUCACACAUGUUUGCCGUCAAUGGCGCAGCCUUGCAGAGGAACUACCAUUAUUCUGGACGCACGUCACGGAUUCGCCAAGCACUGAAACUGCUACAAGAGCUUUCAUCCAAAGGUCUCGGUUAGCCCCCUUACGAAUUUACAUUCGGCCUUCCCCAUCAGCCUUCUUGAAAAGCUUCGCCGGCUCGAAUGGACAUCGUUUGUCGACGCUCUGGUGGGAAGGAGGGCGCGGUCGCAACUAUGUCGGCUCGUCUUUGCUCAGUGCCUCUGCUCCCGAGCUCGUGUCUCUUACACUGCAUGCUUCCAGCUCGCUCCCAAAUGCAGGCGGACUAACAGUUGGGCCCUCACUUCUGUUCCGCGGAAAUGUUCCACGUCUACGCCAACUCUCCAUACACGGCUUCUCGUGGCUGCCGACAAACCAGUUUGACUCCCUCGCACAACUCCAUCUCUCUGACCUUCGCUAUUCUGGGCUUUUCGGCGAUUUUUUAUCUCUGCUGACUCACGUACCAAACUUGGUGGAUCUGGUUUUAAUCGACCUCGACGAUUCAUCUGGACGAUUUGAGACAGCUUAUCGAACCAAAUCUCCUCAGAUCAUGUUGAAGCAUCUGCGCACAUUUUUGUUUAGCGCAGUGGCUAGUACAGGACCGCUCAUCUCUCAUAUCACUACAGGCACCAAUACAGCACUAUGGAUUCGUGACUACAGGAUCGGGAACAGAAAUUUGUCUGCGUAUGAGUUCGCAGGCCUACCUGCUAUGACGAAUGUGACAAAGCUCACUAUCAUGCAAGACCCUCCGCGGACCGCAUUCAUGUGCGUCGGCCCUUCGUCUGGCGUGUGUAUCGAUUAUCACCUCGAUUGGUCAUCCGACUCUAAGGGGUUGCGGUCAGUGGUUGUCGCGGAGCUUUCGUGCCCUAAUAUCGAGGAACUGUGGGUCAUCGAGAGAAACCAGGGCUGGUUUUAUCCAGCCUUCUUUCACUCAUGCGAGAUGCUCGUCCUCCUGCGAGCACUCACUAGCCUGAACAAGAUUGUCAUACUCGAAGAGAGCCUCGAAAGUCUCUGCACCGCUCUCCGCCAUGCCGCAACUGACCUCUCACCCGAGUGGAAACUUGCGACACUGCACGUUAUCCUGCAUGGAGGACGCGGACACGCGAGUAUGGCACUUAUCGUCUCUUGUGCCCCCGUUCUCAGAUGGCUUGGUGUUGAGAAUCUUGUCGUUGGAUUCCUGCCGGACUACGACGGCCCUGGCACGGUACCCGAGGAUGUCUUGCGAGCUUUCAACUCGGUCAAAUGCAUCCGCCACACGAAGAUGCCGACGAUGGACAUCCCUGUGACAUGUAAAACCAGUCCCCAUCUCCUCUGGCCGUCUUGGGUGGAUACCUUAUCGAAGCUGCCGUGUUGA